GAGUGAGGGAGCGUCUCGAAAGUUGUCCUUUUAGUAAUCCUCUCCUUUUGGCUCUUAAAAGGGUGAACUAGUGAAAUACUUCCACUGAAAAUAAUACAACACAAAUUUCUUAUUUUCCAACAUCCUUCCCGUCCUGAAGGAUGGUAGAGCACGGGAAUGGUCCCUCCCUCACUCUGAAGUGAGUAGCAAGCAGAUGGUCUCUUAGUUCCUGACAGGUCUCCACCAGCCUAGGUACCCCGCCCCCUCUGCCAGAGCCUGCGGCGUCGAUUGGCUAGGAGUACUUGAGCGGCGGAAGCAGCUGGCUCGCGCGGGGAGUGAGGGGAGGGGGCGAACCGUAAAGAUGGCGGCAGUGGUGGAGCUGGAGGUUGGAGGAGGUGCUGCUGGGGAACGGGAGCUAGAUGAGGUUGAUAUGUCAGACCUGUCCCCAGAGGAGCAAUGGAGAGUCGAGCACGCACGCAUGCAUGCCAAGCACCGUGGCCACGAAGCCAUGCAUGCUGAGAUGGUCCUCAUCCUCAUCGCUACGUUGGUUGUGGCCCAGCUGCUCCUCGUGCAGUGGAAGCAAAGGCACCCCCGCUCCUACAAUAUGGUGACCCUCUUUCAGAUGUGGGUUGUCCCCCUCUAUUUCACAGUAAAGCUGCACUGGUGGAGGUUCCUAGUGAUCUGGAUCUUGUUCUCUGCCAUCACUGCCUUUGUCACCUUCCGAGCCACCCGAAAACCUCUAGUACAGACAACCCCAAGGUUGGUUUAUAAGUGGUUCCUGCUGAUCUAUAAAAUCAGCUAUGCCACUGGUAUCGUUGGCUACAUGGCUGUCAUGUUUACUCUCUUUGGUCUUAACUUAUUAUUCAAAAUCAAACCUGAAGAUGCCAUGGACUUUGGCAUUUCACUCCUCUUCUAUGGCCUCUACUAUGGAGUUCUUGAACGAGACUUUGCAGAAAUGUGUGCAGACUACAUGGCAUCUACCAUAGGGUUCUACAGUGAGUCGGGCAUGCCUACCAAACACCUUUCAGACAGCGUUUGUGCCGUGUGUGGGCAGCAGAUCUUCGUGGAUGUCAGUGAAGAAGGCAUCAUCGAGAACACAUACAGGCUGUCCUGCAAUCACGUAUUCCACGAGUUUUGCAUCCGUGGCUGGUGCAUUGUGGGAAAGAAGCAGACGUGUCCCUACUGCAAAGAGAAGGUAGACCUCAAGAGGAUGUUCAGUAACCCCUGGGAGAGGCCUCACGUCAUGUAUGGGCAGCUGUUGGAUUGGCUUCGAUACCUGGUAGCCUGGCAGCCUGUGAUCAUUGGCCUGGUACAAGGCAUCAACUACAUCCUGGGCCUGGAAUAG